UCGCCCGCUCCCAGGCCGGCCCUGCGCCGGGACCGCGGCCGAGGAGCCGCCGGCGCCCAGCGGACCGGACCGCCCCGCCCGCCCCGCGAGGGUGGCCGGAGGCAGCCAGGAUGACAGCUCUCCCCAGGAGCCCUGCUGCCCGCUGAGGAACAUGAUCAGCAAGUCCCGCUGGAAGCUGCUGGCCAUGCUGGCUCUGGUGCUGGUCGUCAUGGUGUGGUACUCCAUCUCCCGAGAAGACAGGUACAUGGAGCUUUUUUAUUUUCCCAUCCCAGAGAAGAGGGAGCCGUGCCUGCAGGGCGAGGCAGAGAGGAAGGCCUCUAAGCUCUUUGGCAACAACUCCCGAGACCAGCCCAUCUUCCUGCAGCUUAAGGAUUAUUUCUGGGUCAAGACACCGUCUGCCUACGAGCUGCCUUAUGGGACCAAGGGGAGCGAAGACGUGCUCCUCCGAGUGCUAGCCAUCACCAGCCACUCCGUGCCUGAGAGCAUCCAGAGCCUCAAGUGCCGCCGCUGCGUGGUGGUGGGCAACGGGCACCGGCUGCGGAACAGCUCGCUGGGAGACGCCAUCAACAAGUACGACGUGGUCAUCAGAUUGAACAACGCCCCAGUGGCCGGCUAUGAGGGCGACGUGGGCUCCAAGACCACCAUGCGUCUCUUCUACCCCGAAUCUGCUAAUUUUGACCCCAAAGUGGAAAACGACCCGGACACGCUUCUUGUCCUGGUAGCUUUCAAGGCGAUGGACUUCCAUUGGAUCGAGACCAUCCUCAGCGACAAGAAGCGGGUGCGAAAGGGUUUUUGGAAACAGCCUCCCCUCAUCUGGGAAGUCAACCCCAAACAGAUUCGGAUUCUCAACCCCUUCUUCAUGGAGAUCGCGGCUGACAAGCUGCUGAGCCUGCCGAUGCAGCAGCCACGGAAGAUCAAGCAGAAGCCCACCACGGGCCUGCUGGCCAUCACCCUGGCCCUCCACCUGUGCGACCUGGUGCACAUCGCCGGCUUUGGCUACCCAGACGCCCACAACAAGAAGCAGACCAUCCAUUACUACGAGCACAUCACGCUCAAGUCCAUGGCGGGCUCGGGCCACAAUGUGUCCCAGGAGGCGCUGGCCAUUAGGCGGAUGCUGGAGAUCGGAGCCAUCAAGAACCUCACGUGCUUCUGACGCGGGCGAGAGCGCAACCCACCAGUUGCCGGCUCUGCUGCCUGGGUGACCCCCAUCCAUGGCCGUGCCUGAUGCCAGCGUGACCCACUUGGACUCACUGCCUGUGGACAGAGUCCCGGGACCGGCCAGGUCUGAGACGAGGCCGUGCACCAGCCGCUCCUGUGGAGCCCAGAUCCAGUCAGCGUGGGGGCCCUGGGCCGCAGGCGCCCGGCCGAGGCGGGGGCUUGUUGCCGCAGCACCUCCUCUCUGCCGGCACCGAGGGAUUAUUUAACAGGCUAUUUAACUAUAGGGCAGGAAGGUGCCGUGGGCUGGUCCCAUGGCAUCUAGGAAAGAGGCCAGUACAGUGUUCUGCCCGCUUUUUAUAAACUUACAUGCGAUGGGCCUACGAAGGCCCAGACACAGAGCCGGUCUCCCAGGAGGGUGAGGACAUCGAGAUUGGUGGGUGCCCUCCAGAGAGGGGCUGCUACCUCCCAGCAGGCAUGGGAAGAGCACUGGUAUGGGGGUUCCACUGAGAAGGGGACCUCAUUGAGAAAAGAGGUAAAAACCCACCAUUAAACUAUUUUUCCUAAAACGGAA